CGCCUCCUCCAGCAGCACACCAAACCCUAUAUAAAAGCCCGCGCGCGCCUCCUCCCUCUUCAACCCAAGCAACAAGCCUUCCAUCGCCACUCGCCCAGAGCAAGCGAGCUCAGCAGCAUUCCAGCAGCUGCAGCUAGCUCGACCGCUUGCUCUUGCUCUGAUCCCGAUCGGCAUCGAUCGCCGAUCGCGUAGGUAGCCAGAUACAUACAAGAGAAUUGAAGAGUAGCUAGAGAGAUUUUCUGGUAGAUAUACACUUCUUUUGGUAGGAACAGAGAGCAGAGCCUAGAAAGGCAAGGCGAAAUGGAGAAGAUGAACAUGGUUGCUAGCAGGAAGCCCGGCGACUGGAGCUGCCGGUCGUGCCAGUACGUGAACUUCUGCAAGCGCGAGGCGUGCCAGCGCUGCGGCGAGGCGAAGCUGGGCGGCGAGCGGACGGACUACGCCGCGCUGGGCGGCGACUGGGACGUCAAGCCCGGCGACUGGUACUGCUGCCGCUGCGGCGUCCACAACUACGCCUCCCGGGGCAGCUGCUUCAAGUGCUCCGCCGCCAAGAACGAGGCGGCCGCCGCCGUCGCGCAGGGGUGGGGGUUCACCGUCGCCGGCCAGGCCGGGAUGAAGCCCGGCGACUGGAUCUGCCCAAGACUGGGCUGCAACGUGCAGAACUACGCCAACCGAACUGAGUGCUUCAGGUGCAAUAUGCCCAGAUCAUACUACGGUUGAUCGGGCAACUACACAACAGAGAAAAGCAUAAAACCAAAAAAAAAUAACUGUACGAGAUUGAAGAUCAAUUGAUGACCAUCAAGGAUCGCGCCGCCGGAUCACGAGGACAUUUUUCCCUUCUUUUUUUUUUCUUUUGAAUGAAUGUAACUAAUCCUCGACAACUCGAGGAGGGUUAGCCAUUUGGAAGAGCAGCAACCGAAGCUAAAAAGGAGGAGGAGGAUAUGUAAAAGUAAUUAGAAGAAAGAGUGUGGCUGAUGCCAACAGUCAGUCUUACUUUGUCCCGUCCUUUUUAAUUUCCAAUAAAAGCCGAGGUUAAAGAAAGGAAAAA